AUGCGGACUCACCUCUACACUACGUUCUUCGACCCGAGAAAAGCCUUCCACACAGUGAACCGGCACGGACUUUGGGAAGUUAUGUAUGAAGUUGGCUGUCCGGAGCAAUUCACCCACAUGUUACGUCAACUCCAUGACGGGAUGAUGGCGCACGUCACGGACUAUGGCACGGUGUCUGAAGCCAUCGCAGUGACCAAUGAAGUGAAGCAGGGCUGUGUCCUCUGCCCACCUUCUUUAGUCUCAUGUUCUCUGCCAUGCUGA